UCUGUGCAGGCAGGCAGGACCAUCCCUGCCCCAUCAGCAGCGGGACACGCAGCCCUGCCCUGCCCUGGGCACCUCCUUCCCCAGCACCUGCAGGGCAUUGCAUCACCAGGCUGCCUAUAAAGGUGCCAUGGCCACCGACAGCCCUGGCACUCUGCAGGCUCGGGGACAGCCAUGAAGGUCACCCUGGUGCUCCUGGCAGUGGCAGCUCUGUGCCUGGCAUUUUCCACUGCAGAUGCUGCUACACAGGAUGAGGUGGACUGCAGUGAGUACAAGAGGCUGGAGAGAGGGAGGCCCAUUUACUGUGAGAGGCUCUACCAACCCUACUGUGGCUCUGAUGGCAAAACCUACAACAACAAAUGCUCCUUCUGCAAGGCUGUGCUGAGGAGCAGAGGGGCCCUGCACAUGAAGCAGGCAGGGGCGUGCUGAGGGAGCUGUGCUGAGGGCAGCUCCCCUCUGCCUUUGCUGCCUUUCCCCACCUGCCCUGCCCAGCCCAGCCCGGGGAGAAGAGCCAGCUCUGCUGUCCUGCUCCAGAGCUGGGGCCGACCCUCCUGUCCUGGCAGCACGGCUGCUCCUGUGCCUUCACCAGCCCUUCCCUGGAUGUGUCUCCAUGGCUGGAGUUCAAAUCCCCUGACAAUGCCCUCAGUCCCCCCACCUCCUUUAUCAAAUGUUUUCUUUCCUUUACCCAGAAACUUUAGCAGAUUUUUUUUUCCCUAAAAGUUUUCAGCUUUCCCAGGCACUGCUCUGACUCUCUCCCAGUUUUGUAGCUGAAUUUUGAAUGCUUAAUUUUCAUCCCUCUCUGUACAAUUCUGGUUCCUGUAUGUUGUUCAGCUACUCAGUGUGCUUGUUUAUUAAAAU